AUGAGCAAGCCUCCCUUCCGCGUUGCCAUCGUGGGAGGCGGUCUUGGUGGGCUAUUCUGCGCAUUGUCGCUUCAUCAUCACGUCAAGCAUCCCCUCCAAAUCGACGUCUACGAGCAAGCUGCACAGUAUCGCGAGAUUGGUGCUGGAAUAGGUCUGGGCCCGAAUGCUGCGAAGCUGUUCCACGAAGUCGGCCUCGGUGAACGCAUCAAUGCUAUAUCUGGGGACCGAGCGGGCGUGUGGAUCUCUUUCCGGCGCUUCGACACUGGCGAAGAUGUCAUCACCAUCCCUUCGAUCGACAAGGGAGCUGUUAGGAACGUCCCUAUGGCACGGAGCGAGCUGUUGGACUUGCUGCUGGACGCGAUCCGGGAGCGCAAAGCCGCGACAUUACAUACAGCGAAACGCUGCAGCAAGCUGUCUGAGCCUGGUGCCGACACUGUGACGCUACACUUCAACGAUGACACGACUGCAACUGCCAAUCUCGUCAUCGCUGCCGAUGGCAUUCACAGCGCAGUCCGCUCGCAGUUCGCUACAGACAAGCCCGUGUAUGGUGGUAUGAUUGCAUACCGUGGUGUGAUACCAAUCUCCACCUUGCCAGACCCCUGGCCAUUCUCGUCGUAUUCUGUGGCAUGGAUGGGCAAGAAACGACACUUCCUGAUCUUUCCUAUUUCUGCGAACAAGUCGUUGAACAUCGUGGCUUUCGCCACCAAAUCCGAGGACGAGAUCACCGACACACUUGAGUCCUGGACAGCGACUUGUCCGCGAAGCGAGGUCGAAAAAGACUUUGCAGGGUUUGAGGGCACCGUGCAACAUAUCAUCGCGCAGAUGCCAGACCCAGCCAGCAAGUGGAGACUGAAUUAUCGCGAGCCUCUGGCCGAGUGGGUUCAUAUGGCAGGGAAGGUGGUGCUGAUAGGAGACGCGAGCCAUAGCAUGAUGCCGCAUCAGGGUGCUGGAGCGGGACAGGCGACCGAGGACGACUAUGUGCUUGCGAGGUGCUUGAAUGAGUAUCUGAGCCAGUCUUCUGAGUCAGUCAACGGAAAGGGAAAGCAUGCAAGCUUGCAAGAGUGGAUGCAGAUCUAUCAGAACGUGCGAUUACCACGAGCACAGAAGGUAGCAAGGACGAGCAAAGAGGCUGGUGAGGUGUACGAGAUGGUUACGCCGGACUUGGUGGAUAAAGACUUCGAGGAUUGCUUGCCGAUCGUGAAAGAGAAGAUUUCAACACGCAUGCGUUGGAUAUGGACGGAGGACAUCGGCGAGGCAUUCGACAAGGCUCGACAGGAACUGCAAGGCAGUGAGCUGUGA